AUGCUGAAGGCUAUUUUGGGGGAGGGGGAAGAAAGCGGCGAUAUAAGGUGGACGACGGGUGGAACUCUCAUCAGCUUCCGAUGGAUUCUCACCGCUGCCAGUUCCGUCGAAACUUCAAGGCCUUUGGUGGUGAGACUAGGUGAGCACGACCUGUCGGAUCCCUACGAAACCAUCACGGAGAUUUUCAACGUGACCCAGACCAUCCCUCAUCCCAACUGGAGAAGCGGAUUGAGCCGGACCAAUUACCACAAUAUCGCCCUCCUACGACUGGACCGAGAAGUGUCAUUUCGACCCAUCUCUUUCCCGGCGUGUCUGCCGACUAAAGAGGACACCCUGUCAUUGGGAAGAAAAAGCACCCCUAUCGUAGCUGGAUGGGGAACCACCUCUUUCGGCGGAAAAGAGAGCAACAUUCUGCAAAAAGCCAAAGCUCCCUUGAUAGAUCCAUCAAAAUGCGAAGAGGUGGUCUCCAGGUACAACUUCCUGAAAAGAAUUUAUCCCAACGGCAUGAUGGGGCAGGUGCUAUGCGCCGGAGGAGCAGGCCAAGAUUUGUGCCAGGGAGAUACUGGAGGACCGCUCAUGCUCCCUCGUGACGGGGAGAAAUGCCAGUACAAUGUGAUAGGGAUCGUUUCAACUGGCGUCGGGUGUGGGGGGGACUUCCCUGGUUUCUACACUCAGGUCUCCUCCUACUUGGACUGGAUCGAGGGAAUAGUCUGGAAAAGUGACCCAUGAAUGCAGGUAUCUCUCUGACCUGAAAUAAAAACAUCAUACGGU